GGGCAGGCCCACACCAACCACAAGAAGGUAGCGGCAGAUGGAGAGAGCAGAGAGGAGACCUUGAUUCAGGAAUCAGCUACCAAGGAGGAGUACUACAUGAAGAAGGUUAUGGAGUUGCAGACAGAACUGAAGCAGCUCAGAAACGUCCUUGCCAACACUCAGUCUGAAAAUGAACGCCUUAAUUCUGUUGCACAGGAACUGAGAGAGGUCAAUCAGAAUGUGGAGAUCCAAAGGACUCGUCUUCGAGAUGAUAUUAAGGAAUAUAAGUUCAGAGAAGCGCGUUUGUUGCAAGACUACACUGAGCUUGAGGAGGAAAACAUCUGUCUCCAGAAACAAGUGUCUGUCCUGAAGCAAAAUCAGGUGGAGUUUGAAGGCCUGAAGCAUGAAAUCAAAAGGCUCGAAGAGGAAACGGAAUUUCUCAACAGCCAGCUGGAAGAUGCCAUAAGGUUGAAGGAGAUCUCCGAGCGCCAGCUCGAGGAGGCCUUAGAGACCCUGAAGACGGAGCGGGAGCAGAAGAACAAUCUGCGUAAGGAGCUCUCUCACUACAUGAACAUCAACGACUCCAUGUACAACAGCCACCUGAACAUCUCGUUGGAUGGACUGAAGUUCAGCGAUGAAGCCACCGAGCCCAAUAACGAUGAAAUCAUGAACGGAUUCGAGCAAAACUGCCUCAGCAAACUCAGCAAUGGCAAGAAUAGUUCGUCAACACCUAAGAAAAAUGAAAGCUUUCCUCCAGCCCCCAGUCUUGUUUCAGAUCUUCUGAGUGAAUUAAAUAUUUCUGAAAUCCAGAAGCUGAAACAACAGCUUGUACAGAUGGAAAGAGAAAAGGUGAACCUGUUAACAACGCUACAGGAAUCUCAGAAACAGCUGGAAAAUACGCGGGGCGCCCUCUCAGAGCAGCAUGAGAAAGUUGGCAGACUCACCGAAAACCUGAAUGCAAUGAAGAAGCUCCAGGUCAGCAAGGAACGUCAGUCUGCCCUUGACAACGAGAAGGACCGAGACAGCCACGAAGAUGGAGACUAUUAUGAAGUUGACAUCAAUGGCCCAGAGAUCCUGGAGUGCAAGUACAAAGUGGCUGUGUCAGAGAUUAGUGACCUGAAAGAAGAGCUCAAAAAUCUUAAGGCCAAAUACAAAGAAUGUGAGUCCAAGUAUGAGGAAGAGAAGAGCAGGUAUGAGACCGAGAGCCAAGCUUUCACUGAGAAGAUCACCUCAUUAGAAAAGUCCAGUAGGCAUGAUAGAGAGCAAGUGGCCAGACUGGAGAAAGAGCUGAAGAAAGUCAGUGAUGUUGCUGGAGAAACACAGGGCAGCCUCAGUGUGGCCCAAGAUGAACUGGUCACCUUCAGUGAAGAACUGGCCAAUUUAUACCACCAUGUCUGCAUGUGCAACAAUGAAACCCCAAACAGAGUGAUGCUGGAUUACUACAAGGAAGGUAAAGGUGGACGCAGCAGUCCGGAGGCCAAGGGAAGGAGGUCUCCCAUUCUUCUUUCUAAAGGGCUGUUAACUAUCGAGCUAGGAAAGGCAGAGAAUGGAAGCAGUGACAGCAGCCCCUCUCCAGUGUCGUCUCUGCCAUCUCCUGUGUCAGAUCCUCGGAAGGAACCGAUGAACAUUUACAACUUGAUCGCUAUAAUCCGAGAUCAGAUCAAACACCUGCAAGCUGCUGUGGACAGAACAACCGAGUUGUCCAGGCAGCGUGUUGCCACUCAAGAACUCGGGCCAGUGGUGGACAAGGACAAGGAAGCUCUCAUGGAGGAAAUCCUGAAGCUGAAGUCCCUGCUGAGCACCAAGAGAGAACAGAUAGCUACUCUGAGAACUGUGCUGAAGGCCAACAAGCAGACUGCAGAGGUAGCCCUCGCCAACUUAAAAAGCAAGUAUGAAAACGAGAAAGCUAUGGUUACCGAGACCAUGAUGAAGCUGCGAAAUGAGCUGAAGGCUUUGAAAGAAGAUGCCGCUACCUUCUCUUCCCUGAGAGCGAUGUUUGCCACAAGAUGUGACGAAUAUGUCACACAGCUGGACGAAAUGCAGCGGCAGCUUGCGGCAGCCGAGGACGAGAAGAAGACCCUGAACUCCUUGCUCCGGAUGGCCAUCCAGCAGAAACUGGCACUGACCCAGCGCCUGGAACAUUUGGAGCUAGACCACGAGCAGUCCAAAAGGGUGCGCACAAAAUCCGCCUCCAAAGCUAAGAGCGGUAACCCUAGUGUAAGUCACAUUCGGUCCUGCGGGGACAGGUCUGAGGGAUCUGUCCUUAACAACCAGGUUUUUUGUAGCGAGAAGUAUAAAAUCUAUUGUGACUAGGACAGGUGUUUAGGGAAACCGUAUUAUGCAUCUUAUUUUAUGCUGUAACUGUCAGCGUAAAUCCCCACUAUCUAAUGUUGCGGUGAGUUGACUUGUACUAGUAUGUUGUUGAACCAGGUAAUACAAAUUGUAUUAUGGUGGUCUUAACUGUAACUAAUUCGUAAGUGCGGGGAUGCUAUUAACGAGUUAAUAGUGGAAAAGAAUUAGCUUUUUCCACGAUUAACGUGUAUGGGGUUUGCUGUUUAUGGUAAGUGUUAAAAAGAGUACACCUGAUAGAGUAUAUCUGGUG